AUGCUCAAGGAGGUCCGAGACGAUAACAGAGAGAAUGAUGCAGAACACAUGAAGCCAGGAGUUCCUGGAGCUGAAACUGUGCAGAACCGGUGA